CCCACUUAAGAAAAGCAAAGCUAUCAUCAUAGAGACUUUUAAUAAGGGUGAAGAAUCAACCAGACUACUCGACUUCACUUGGCUCUUUAUAUAACCUUUAGUCCUUAGCUAAGAAUUAAUCACACGACAAACAUUCGAUGGCAUAUUCUCCUUUCUCUAGUUCAUCUGCUUCUAAGCCUGUUCCUCCUGCUCAGGCUGGUUAGGGGUUAGAGAGAUGAGUACCGAUUUCUGGGAGUGAAAGAUAUUUAGCUUUACAAGUUCGAUUACUUUCUUCUUUCUGAUUCUCCGAUCUGGUGAUGUCGGUGGUGAAGAUCUUCGAUUAGAUCUCGGAGAAGGAAAGGAGAAAGCAAGAGGAUAAAGUGAAGAGGAUGCAACAACGGGAGGAAUAUUUUAAGCGUGUUAAGAUCUUCGGAUGAUCAUGAACCCUGAAAGGAGGCAGACCAUCGACGCCUACAUUGAUGGAGUAGCUGCAGCUACUAGGAAGUGCGAUGUUGGGGAAGAAGAGGAGAGUUAUGAGAUCGGUUGCAGUGAGGUGGACAACGAAAGCAGCAGCGGGACAUGGGGGCGUGGCAUCAAGCUCUGGUAUCCCAGCUACCAUUGCGACGGUCAGAGACGGUAGUUAUGGAUAUCACGGUUUUGAUGAUUAUGCAGAAAACAUAGAGGGUCGCUGGUUCAGGGGCACUGGGGCUGUAGUCCAGAGAUUCAAAUCUAGUGAACAGAAUCAAAAUAGUCAAAAAUAUGCUUCUGAAGUUGCUUGUGAUAUGUUUUGCGGAUUCCAGUGGAUGAGAUUCCAGCUUGUGAAACUGAAGUUGCUAUGGCUAAUGGACACAUUCCAGAAAAAGGACCAAUUGUUCUCUGAUUUCAAGGAAGCUUUGGUUUUGCUGCUUGAUGUGGGUCCAUCCAUGCAUUCUGUUAUUCCUGUAAUUGAGAAGCUUUGUUCCAUGCUUGUGCAGAAGAAGCUGAUCUACAACAGGCAUGAUAAAGUGGGAGUUGUGUUAUUUGGGACAAAAGAAACUUGUAACGAACUUACUUUGGAACUUGGUGGUUAUCGACAUGUCGUGGUUUUGAAAAAUCUUAAAGAUGUGGAUGGAGAUAUGGUUGAGGCUUUACAAAAACUGCCCCGAGGAACUAAAGAUGGAGAUUUUCUUGAUGCUAUUGUUGUUGGCAUGGAUAUGCUGAUAAAAAUGUAUCCGAAAGCUAACAAGGUGAAGAAACGACUCUGUCUUAUUACGAAUGCACAAUGUCCAAUAAAAGAAUCUAUAGAAGGAACAAAAGAAGAGCAAGUUACCACCAUUGCUAAACAAAUGUCUGUCCAUGGUACAAGGAUGGAAAGCAUAAUUGUGAGAGGAAAGCUUUGUCGGAAGAAGGCAAAUAAGUCGACAGCUAGUGAGAAUCAUCGCCUUUUAAAUAUCUUUUCAAAGGAAACUUCUACAAGGAUAGUGUAUGUGGGGAAUCCAGUUUCUUUGUUUGGUGCUCUUAAAACACAGAAUAAAACCCCACAUACAGUUUUCAGAGGUGAUCUUGAGCUAAGCUCAAAAAUGAAGAUCAAGGUAUGGGUGUAUAAGAAAACAAUAGAAGAGCUUCCCAAUCUAAAGAAAUGUUAUGAAUCUCCUGAUAUAGUUGUCCCUUCAGAUCAAAGGGUCAGAGGUUAUCAUUAUGGUCCUCAAAUAGUUCCUAUGUCGAAGGUCGCGUUGGAUGCUGUUAAGUUCAAACCUGAAAAGGGUGUUAAGCUUCUAGGAUUUACUAAUUCUUCUAAUGUAUUGAGGCACUACUACAUGAAAGAUGUCAAUAUCUUCAUACCUGAACCGGAAAAUACGAACGCCAUGCUUGCGCUUUCUGCGCUAGCAAGGGCUAUGAAGGAAAUGAAUAAGGUGGCGAUACUACGUUGUGUGUGGCGACGGGGACAAACCAAAGUUGUUAUCGGGGGCCUGAUUCCGAAUAUAUCUGAUAAAGAAAAUAUUCCUGAUUCAUUUUACUUCAAUGUACUUCCUUUCGCCGAGGAUGUGCGUGAGUUCCAGUUCCCUUCUUUCAGUAAGCUCCCAGCAGUGUUACAGCCGAAUCAGCAGCAGCUAGAGGCAGCAGCUAAUUUAGUAGAAAUGCUUGAUCUUGCACCAUGUGGGAAAGAGAAAGCUUUGCUACCUGACUUUACACCAAAUCCAGUCCUAGAGCGCUUUUAUCGUUGUCUUGAGCUGAAGUCAAAAAAUCCGGGUGCUGCAGUACCCCCUAUUGAUGAGACACUCAAGAAAAUUACAGAGCCUGAUUCUAACCUAGUUUUGAAAAACAAGUCUGUGAUAGACUCAUUUCGGAGGUGUUUCGAGCCAAAUGAAAAUCCCAGGCAUAAGAAAUUGAGGCGUUUAUUGCUUGAGAAGAGUUCUUCUAGCGAAGAAGAUUGUAAUCGAGACAUUACCCCACUGCCUUCAAAUCUCAUCAAGGUUAAAGUCGAUAGCGUCUGCAAUCCUACUCCACCCCAAGUUUUUGAAGCCAUGUCUGGAAGCAGAAAUACUCAAGACUCUGUUGUGAAAGCAAUCAAAGAUACGAGAAACAAAAUAUUUGAACUGAUUGAUGAAUCAAAUGAUGGUGAUAACUAUCCUGAAGCAUUGCAAUGUUUAACAGCACUUCAAGAGAAGUGCAUUGUUGAUCAAGAAUCAGAACAGUUCAACAAUUUCCUUCGCCGUCUUUGGAAUUUCGAUAGAAACCUUCAGAAUUUCCGUGGAUAUCUUGCUUCCAGGGGACUCACCUUAAUCCCCAAAGCAGGAUUUUUAGACAGCCAAGUUACUGAAGAAGAUGAGCCAAAAGUUGAAUGAUUCCUCAGGUGGAUGUGCUGAAAUGGGUAGAACUUUUUGAUAAUCAUUUGUUAAAAAUUAGAAUAGAUUGUCUAAUACAGUUAUAUAAACGUUUGUUUUGGAACAUUUGGCAAAGCUUUAUUCAGUACUCUCACUUUAUGUUAUAGCACUUAUUUUAUAAGAAAUAGCAAAUCGAAAACUUUG